CAGACCGCAUACAACUGAAAUGAUGUUGGCAUCCUUUUGUAAUGCAAAGGAGAUGGAGGUGUCACCUUGCCAUUUGUUGUGUGUGAAAAUCAUACAAAUAAAAAAUCUACGGAAGGCAGAUUUAUUUAGCCAGUCUGAUUGCUAUGUGAGCUUGUACCUGCCAACAGCUUCAUUUGAAAGACCUCGGACCAAGACUAUUAAGGACUGUAAGGAUCCAGUAUGGAAUGAAACCUUCCACUUCAGGAUACAGACGCGGGUCAAAAAUGUUUUGGAGAUGAUGGUUCACGAUGAAGACCACUGCCUCAUGGAGAAUAAUCUCUGCACUGUUCUCUUUGAUGUUUCGAAGAUCCAGCUUGGAGAAAGAGUUUACCUCACAUUUCCAUUGGAUCAAAAAACCAGAUAUGACAUGUCAAAUAUAUUUAUUUUGUUUUGCAGCCCAGUUCCUCAUGAGCAUAUUGUUACUAAUGGCGUAUUAGUGUCUCGUGAAAUUUCCUGUUUGGGUGUACAGGUGAAUGGAGGGACAGCAAUGAAGAAGAAACCAGGAGAGCAAAACUUCACAUUCACUUUGAAAGGAUCCUAUGAAGAGAGCCAGGACUCUGAGCUGUGUCCUGCUGAUCCCCUUGUGUUUCACUGCAUCAAGCAUAUGGAAUCUGAACUGGAGAUUCAACCAGCAAAGAAGCCACGCUCUUGUAUUCCUGGUGAAAGGAAUGAUGCAAAUAAAAGACUUUGCUUCACUUUGCCUCUUGAUUCUCUUAGUAUGGAAAAGGAAGUGACCAUAGGCAAGGACAAAACAGUUGAUCUACGUGUGAACGUGAAAGAAUGGCUGAAAAACCUGGAUGUGCGUUUGGGGUAUGAACUAUGUAUGGAUGAACAAACAGUUAUACAGAAACGGAAGAAGUUUGUUGCAGCUGCCCUGGAAAGGGCUCUCGGCUUAAAGAAGGGCUUACAAGAUCAUGAGGUGCCAGUGGUGGCUGUCAUGACAACAGGAGGAGCUGCCAGGGCAUUCACAGCUUUACAUGGCAACCUAUAUGGUCUUCAAAAGUUGAAUCUCUUAGAUUGUAUUUCAUACAUCACUGGAUCAUCUGGCUCCACAUGGGCCUUAUCAAAUCUUUAUGAACAUGCUGACUGGUCACAGCAAGACCUUUCAGGAGCAAUUUCAGAGGCUCGCAAGAGUAUGACCAGAUGCAAGCUGGACUUGUUUUCCCUCCAAAACUUAAAGGAAUACAGUGAUGCACUGGAACAUCGGCAAAAGGAAGGCUACAAAACAUGUAUCACUGAUCUUUGGGGACUUUUCAUUGACAAAGCAUUGAGCAACGGGAGAUGCAGCGACACACUCUCGGGGCAGAAGCGUGCCCUGACUCACAGUCAAAACCCACUGCCUAUAUACAUGGUACUCAACACCAAGGACGACUAUAGCCUUGCAGAAUUUAAAGAAUGGAUGGAAUUCACUCCUUUUGAGGUUGGAAUAAUAAAAUAUGGAGCCUAUGUUCGUGCUGAGGACUUUGGAAGUAAAUUCUUCAUGGGACGGCUGAUGAGGAAACUUCCAGAAUCUGGAAUCUGUUUCAUGAAAGGUGUGUGGAGUAAUGUAUUUUCUUAUAACCUACUGGAUUCCUGGCGUGCACUUGAUACUUCGGAAGAAAGCCUGUGGCACAAGCUUACCAGGGACAGAGUACAGGAUAUUGAAGAAAGACCACCUCAGCCACCAAAAGCAGAUGAAUUGAAUACUCACCUGGUUAUCCCUGCCAAUAAAUUCAUGAAGAUCCUUCGUGAAGUCUUAACACAAAGCGUAACAACCUCAAAGUUCUACAAUUUCAUAAGGGAAUUCCAAUUAAAUGAUGGAUAUCUAGAUAAUAAAAACUUUGCCAUAUGGAAAGAUACUGCUCUAGACACUCUUCCCAACCGGCUGACAGCUACAUCAGAAUACCUGUCCAUCGUAGAUACUGCAGCAUUUAUAGAUAUCAGCUACCCACCACUCCUGAGGCCUGAGAGGAAAGUGGAUGUCAUUAUACAUUUAAAUUAUUCUUCAGGAUCACAAACAUCUCCUUUACAUGAAGCCUCCAGAUAUUUUGCAAAGCAAGGAAUUCCUUUCCCUAAAAUAGAUCUGAGUCAUAUUAAGGAUAAGGAUCUGAAGGAGUGCUAUGUCUUUGAAGAUCUUGAGAAUCCGAAAGCACCCAUUGUGGUUUUCUUUCCUCUGAUAAAUGACACAUUCAGAAAAUAUAAAGCACCAGGUGUGGAACGCACCCCCUCUGAACUGAAGCAGGGUGACGUUGAUGUGACUGGUCCCUGUUCUCCAUAUGGACUCCAAAGCUUUACAUAUACAGAGGAGGAUUUUGAUAAACUGGUGGGAUUGACCAGCUACAAUAUUCAGAAUAAUGAAGAUUCGAUCCUCCACGCUUUGCGAAGAGCAGUAGAGAGAAAAAGACACCAAACAAAAUAG